AUGCUGGGCAUCAGGCUGCACAGCUUUUACGACAAGAUCAGUUUCGACGCGAGGGGUGAGCGCGCCUUCUCGGAGGGCUCGGUCGAGCGGGACCUGUUCCGAGGGGCGCGGGCCCUGUUCGUGACGGAUCGGCAGCCUCCGGCGCUGCGGCUGGACACACUGGGGCCCGGCGACGAGGCGCUCUACCGCUGCCGGGUCGACUUCAAGCUGAGCCCAACCCGCAACCAGCGCGUCAACCUGACGGUCAUCGUGCCACCAGACCGGCCUGUGAUCCUGCACGCGGCCCGGGAGGUCAGCGGUACGCUGGGACCGCUGGAGGAGGGCGCGCCGCUACAGCUCACCUGUCGCUCAGACGGUGGCCGACCUACCCCUGUGGUGACCUGGACGAGGGACGGCCGUCUGCUGAACCUGUCGUCGGAGCCCUCGGGCCACGGCAGUCGGGUCAGCAGCGAGCUGCAUCUGCCCCCACUGAGCAGGGCAGACCUGCACACGCGGCUGGAGUGUGCCGCUUCCAACACCAAUGCCAGCCGACCCAUCUCCAACCACGUGGUCGUCGACAUCAACUUCCGUCCUCUCAGUGUUGAAAUUCUGGGCUCCUCGCUCAGUUCGAUGUCGUCCGAAGUCUCGUACGACCUUCUGUGUCGAACGCACGGCUCCCGUCCGCCAGCCAACAUCUCCUGGUGGAUAGGCGACAAGCGCCUCACCGACGCCACUCAAAUG